UUAUAUUUCUGUCAUCUUCUUCUUCUUCUAUUAUUCUAGGGUUUCUCUCACUGCCGUCGCCAGAAAACUACCUAACGAUCUAAAUCUCAUCUCCUCCGUUUCUCUGCAACUAAUCAGCAAAAAUGGUGGCCGUGAAGAAAAUGAAGAAGACUCAUGAGAGUAUUAACAACAGACUUGCUCUUGUGAUGAAGAGUGGGAAGUACACCCUUGGUUACAAAACAGUUCUUAGGACUCUCAGAAGCUCCAAAUCAAAGCUCAUUAUUAUCUCAAACAAUUGUCCCCCUUUGAGGAAAUCUGAGAUUGAGUACUAUGCUAUGCUUGCCAAGGUUGGAGUUCACCACUUCAAUGGAAACAAUGUUGACUUGGGAACAGCUUGUGGACGAUACUACCGUGUUUCAUGCCUUAGCAUCAUUGAUCCAGGUGAUUCUGACAUCAUCAAGACCCUUCCUGGUGACCAGUAAAGUGCAGAAAGACCUAGUGUAUUGAAUCUCUACUCUAUUUAGUUUCAGUCGAGUUAUAGUUGAAUUCAAUUAACCUCUUUAGGUUUCUUUUAAAUUUGUAAUGAUGGAAGGACACAUAAAUACUUAAUGUUUUGGGAGAUGAAAGUUUGCACACUUUAUGAAUGCCGUAUUAGACUA